AUGACUUGGGUUUGGCUGUGGACGGUGCUCCUGUCAAUCUGCUUGAGAUGCUGCGAAGGGACAGGCAGCUGCAAGCAGAUUGGCUGUGGCGGGCAUGAUGAGACUUGCUGGUGUGUGGAAUCUUGUUGGAGUUUCAAUGACUGCUGUAGUGACUUUGCUUCAGUAUGUCCUGAAGAGCCUGAGAUUUCCUUGGGAGAAAUCAACCUCUUGGUGACCACCGAUUUACAUUCCUGGAUUGAAGGAAGAAGACAUGAGCCUCAUUUCGAUGCCACUUUGGGCCACGUCACCUCUGCACUAAACCAUUUGCGGGAAAUGGCUCGCAAAGAUCGGCGUGAUGUAUUCUUCUUCGACAAUGGAGAUAUCAAUGAUGGGACAGGUCUUUCAGCCUCAGCACCAGAUCAUGUGACCUUCCUCGCUCCUAUUUUGCAAAAGGUCCCCUAUGAUGCCUUGAACAUCGGGAACCACGAGUUGUAUCAGCGGAAUGGCUAUGGACUUCUUCCUGGGCCCGCCUGUCCCAUUGUAGGGCUGAAGGAGUCGGGGUACAUUGAUUCAUGGGAAGGUCGAUAUUUGACUUCCAAUGUGGUUUGGUCCACCAACUUGAAGCCGGUGGGCGAUCGCUAUGCCGUGAUCUCUGGGGAGUUCGGCCGACGCGUCUUAGUCUUCGGGUUCUUGUACAAUAUGGAGGAUCAUUGUGAUGCUGUUGAGGUACAGAAAGUUGAAGAUGUGGUGAAUUCCAGUUGGUUUCAAGCUGCCUUAGAUGAACCUCACGAUGCCGUCGUAGUCUUAGCCCACAUGGACUAUCGAGAUGACCUGGUGGAAGUGCUCCACAGCGCCAUCCGACAACGAGUAGGGCCUCAAACGCCAAUCCAAAUCCUGGCAGGGCAUUCACACAUCAGAGGUUACAGGCAGCUGGAUAACUAUUCGUCGGUGUACGAAGCGGGUUGCAAGCUCGACACAGUGGGAUUUGUGUCCUUCAAGAAAAGUGCCGAUGGCAAUGGCUUGGACUUUGAACAUGCGAACAUCACUGGGAAUGUGAAGGUCAUGGCAGGUGCUCUGCACAUGCCGUCACUAGCUCCAGCGCCAACCGUCCAAGCUGCCUUGGAUGUCGCCAAGGCCGCUGCCAAGACUGAGCACAUCUUGGGGUGCUCAUUUGAACAUUAUCGCCUGUCCACUCCUUUGCAAACAAAGGACUCUUUGUGGUCCUUCUACAUGCAAAAAGUGAUCCCAGACACCCUCUUCGAUUCACCCAAGCAAUUCGCCAUAGUGGGGACCGGUGCUUUGACCUAUGAUAUUUAUCCAGGAACUUUUACAGUGGAUGAUGCUUACAAGGCCUCGCCAUAUGGGAAUGUGUGGUUGAUCCUUGAAGAGAUCUCGGGUGAACAUCUCGCCCGGCUUCUGGAAGAGCUCAAUCACCACACGCGACGGCACCGCGACGCGCCCGCACGGCACCCCAGCGAUCGUGUCACGGCGACGGUUCCGUCCUAUGCCAGCUCGGGCGUUCCGAGCCCAUCGAGGGCCUAUGACCUGAUCUUCUGCGACUUCGACCUGGAUCCAAUUCGGCAACAUUUAAAGCCUCUAGUUGGGCACGAACUGCAACCAAGGCUUUACAAGCCACCCCUGAACACCUCCAGUGUGUUGGAGGAGUGGUUCAAGAAGCAACCGUGCCUCAGUUUCAUCGGUUAUGUCUAG